AUGUGUUGCUGAAUGCCAAUCUUUCAAGAUGGUCCUCCUUAGCAUCCUUAGAAUCUUUCUUCUUUGGGGACUGGUGCUUUUUAUGGAACACAAAGUCCAAAUGGCAAAGGUAGGGCAGCCCUCUACUGCCCUCCUGGAAGAGGCCCUUACCUUGCCCCUGAUUCAGAAGCUGCUAGAAGAAGCCCCUGGAGAGCAGCAGAGGAAGCCACGAGUCCUGGGGCAUCCUUUACAGUACAUGCUGGACUUGUACCAGCGUUCAGCUGACGCACGUGGACACCCUAGGGAGAACCGCACCAUUGGGGCCACCAUGGUGAGGCUGAUAAGGCCCUUGACCAAUGUAGUGAAGCAGCUCAGAGGUCCCUGGCAUAUACAGACCCUAGACUUUCCUUUGAGACCAAACCAGGUAGCAUACCAACUAGUCAGAGCCACUGUGGUUUACCGCCAUCAAAUCCAUCUAGCUCAUUUCUACCUCUCUUGCCACCUGGAGCCCUGGGUCCAGAAAAGCCUGACCAACCACUUUCCUUCCUCUAGAAGAGGUUCUCCAAAGCCUUUCCAGCUGUCCAACGCUUGGACAGAGAUGGAUGUCACACAACAUGUUCAGCAAAGGCACUGGAAUCACAAGGGGCUCAGGGAUCUACGACUCCGCUUCAUGUGUCAGCAGCAAAAAGGUAGUGAGGUUCUUUACCUCUGGUGGCAUGGCACUUCAUCCUUGGACACUGCCUUCUUGUUACUCUAUUUCAAUGAUACUCAUAAAAGUGUUCAGAAGGCCAAUCCUCUCACUAGAGGCCUGGAGAAGUUUAUGGAAAGGGACUCUUCUCUUCUCUUGCGGAAGGCCCGGCAAGCAGGCAAUACUGCAUCUGAGGUUCCUGGUCCCUCCUGGAGGAAUGAUGGACAUGAAAGAAACCAGUGUUCCCUCUACCCUUUCCAAGUCAGCUUCCACCAGCUGGGCUGGGAUCACUGGAUCAUUGCUCCCCAUCUCUAUACCCCAAACUACUGUAAGGGAGCCUGCCCUCGGGUACUACAUUAUGGUCUCAAUUCUCCCAAUCAUGCCAUCAUCCAGAAUCUUGUCAAUGAGCUGGUAGACCAAAGCGUCCCUCAGCCCUCCUGUGUCCCUUAUAAGUAUGUUCCCAUUAGCAUCCUUCUGAUUGAGGCAAAUGGGAAUAUCUUGUACAAGGAGUAUGAGGAUAUGAUUGCUCAGUCCUGCACAUGCAGGUGACAGCAAAGGUACAGCUAGCUCAAGUUCCCUGAGAAAUUGGAG